AUGGCAAGUACAACUCCCGAGGUUAAACCCGGAACUACGUUGCAUUUGCUUGCUGGCAGCUCGGCUGGCCUUAUUUCCGCUUUCACAUUACAGCCUUUCGAUCUUUUAAAAACAAGACUACAACAACAGCAACGUGCCAAUGUCGGUUACCGCUCCAGUAUUAGUCGAGAAUUGAAAAAACUUGCUAGAUUCAAAGACUUGUGGAGAGGUGCCUUGCCCUCCACACUUCGUACCUCGGUCGGUGCUGGACUAUACUUUACAAUUUUAUCCCAAACAAGGACAUAUGUUGCUCAAUUGAGAGCACGGACUGACAAAUUGCCCCAUUCCCAGACCAGUGUACUCCCAAAAUUAAGUGCUCUCGACAAUUUGUCAGCUGGGUUUGUUGUUCGUGCGGUGGUGGGAUUCAUCACUAUGCCAAUUACCAUCAUCAAAACCAGAUUUGAGCUGAAUAUGUACAACUACAAUUCGAUGUACGAAGGUGUGGAAGGCAUUUACUUGGACGGAAAGGAAAAGGGCUCGUUAAGAAAUUUCUUUAAAGGCACAAUCGCUACACUUGCUCGUGACUGUCCAUAUGCGGGACUCUACGUCUUGUUUUAUGAAUCAAUGAAGAAUGAAUUUGUACCCAAAACGCUUAUUUUAUUUGACCAACAGGAACAACUAGAGAACAGUACGCUUGUGAAUUCGAGCGCAGCCGUGGUUGCGUCUCUGUUGGCCACCACCAUCACUGCACCCUUUGAUGCAAUAAAAACUAGACUUCAAUUAGACUCACAUACUGUGGGAGGAAACUCGAUUAUGCUGGUAACGAAACAAUUACUCAAAGAAGAUGGCGGAGUAAGAAACUUAUUUCGUGGAUUGUCUUUACGGUUCGGACGCAAAGGACUUUCUGCCGCUAUCAGUUGGUGUAUAUACGAAGAAUUGCUCAAGUCGGGCCGAUUACAACGACUUUUGCAUUGA